AUGCCCAACAAGUGUGUUGUUGGUGGCUGUAGUAAUACGCCAGAUCUUUUGAAGGGAAUCGGACUUCAUCUUAUCCCUUUUUUCGGCGAUGAAAGGGCCGAAGCAAGAAAGAGGCGAAAGAAGUGGGUCGACUUCGUCAAAGUCAAGCGGGCAAAAUGGGAACCUACCAAACAUUCAACGGUAUGCUCGGCCCACUUUAAGUUGGAAUCUUUUGAAAAACGUUUCUCGAACCUUUCUGGGUUGGAAAAGCCCAGUUAUCCUCGACUAACGCGAGACGGUGUUGGCAUCAAUGUCUGUCCAACUCUGCAUCCAGGCAUUGUAGAUUCUCCAAGAAACAAACAAAUCGCAGUCGAAGAAAGAGAUUCAAUGAACGAGUUCAAUGCCGGGACACGAAGCGACACACAAAGCUUACAGGAGAGUGCUCAGCAGUCCAGUGAAGCUCCUCCGAACAUUGUCACUACCAAGGUUGAUUCGCUUGAAUUAGAAGUCACACCGCUUGGGGAUGAAACUACUCAGGGCUUUAUAGAGACGAAUUUCGAAGAGUGCUCAAAGAGAAAUGAUCUUCAAGCACAAAAUAAAUUGUUGCACAACAAGGUACUCAGCUUGAAGAAAAAACUGAGGAAAAAGCAGCGUCUUGCCUCUAAAAAGAAGAGCAAACAGAGGUCUAAGGCAGUUCAAACAGACCAAUUUGACCAUGAAGCUGAAGAUGUCAGGAUGAAGUAUGAGAGUGGCAGUGAAGUAGAUGGAGACACGUACAGUGAAUAUGAAGAUGAGACUGAGACUGAGGAGUCAGCACAGUCGGAAGAUGAUGCAGACGAUAUGGCACAGGUUGUCAUGAAUGACACUAAUAUACGAACACAACCUAAAUAUAUAGUGUUUCUUACCCAAUUGCUCCUGCUGUUCAAGUUUUGCCACUCAUGCAAAAGUGACAACCCAUUGAUAGAUGUUACCCAAAAUGGAACAGAAGUUGUUGUUAAAAGUGAAUGUGGGAACCCACAAUGCAAGAAGCGAUUGACUGCCUGGCAUAGCCAACCUCCUUUGCCAGGCUGGGGCAUACCUGCUGGUAACUUCCUACUAUCAAUGGCAGUUUUACUUGCUGGUGGGUCUAUUUCAAAGAUCAGACAGAUAUUUGGACAUAUGGGUCUUGCAUGCAUCUCAAUGAGCACAUUGUUUAGCCACCAAAGGAACAAGUUAUUCCCAGCCAGCCAUCUCUUCUGGAAGAGGUAUCAAAAACAAAAGCUUGAUGAACUAAAAUCAAAGAAUAGGGAAGGUGUCAUUGUGGCAGGAGAUGGUCGUCACGACAGCAUGGAGCACAGUGCAAAAUAUGGUGCCUACACCAUUUUCUGUUGUACUGUCCCAAUGAUUAUACAUUUUGCACUAGUCCAGAGAAAUCAAGUAGGAAGCAGCAAUGCAAUGGAGUAUGAAGGGUUCAAGAAGUGUAUGGAGUAUCUGAUUGGAUAUGGCCUGCUUAUGACAACAUUUAUAUCUGAUAGGCAUACCACUAUAGCUAGCCACAUGAAAAAGGUGUUUUCAAAUAUUGUACACUAUUUUGACAUAUGGCAUUUGAAGAAAAAAAUCAGGAAGGUCUUAACAAAAAUGUCAAAGGAAAAAAGGUUUGAAGCCAUCAAGGAAUGGAUCAAACCUUGUGAAAGGCACCUAUACUGGAGUGCCACUUCCACUCCAAAUGGUUCAGGCAUUGUAAUUUGGGCUAAAUUUAAGUCAUUUCUCAGCCACAUUAUUAAUGUUCAUAAAAACCUUGAUGAUCCUGUUUUCAACAAGUGUAACCAUGGUGUUAUACAACCCAGGCGCUGGUUAUCAAAAGGUUCAGAACUAUAUGAACAAGUCUGCAAGGUGCUGACGAAAGAAUCUCUAAAAAAGGGUAUUCAGCAAGCUUCCCCUUGGGCCCAGACUAGCUGCUUAGAGGGCUUUCAUUCUCUGUUAAACCAGUUUGCCCCCAAGAUGUAUGCAUACUCAUAUUCAGGAAUGUACUGCAGGUAAAUAAAAUAUUGUGUGCACUUCAAUGCAAAUCUACACAGAGAAGAUGAAAAGAGAAAGGACAAUUUGAAAACAAGGCAAAAAGUAGUUUACCCAAAAUUCAAGAAUGGUGAGGCUACCAUAAGGAAUGUGCGUGUUAAACCAAAUUAUGAUUAUGUCGAGGAUAUUUAUCAAACUUUUUUGAGUGCCAGCGGUGUGCAGUUGAUUGCUGCCAAAAGUGAACUGAAAAGAUCUUCCCCAACACCAAUGAAUACCAUGCUGAAUAAGGAACCAAGAGAAGAGGCCAUGCAAAAACAUUUGCAAAGGAAGAGCAUGAUUGUACAAGAAGUUCCUCCAACAUGUGAAGGUAACUAG